ACCUCCUCUCUCCUUCUCUCUCCUCCUUGCUCCUCUCUCCCCCUCUGCCUUCUCUCUCCUCCCCUCUCCUCCCCUGUCCUUCAUGUACCUAACAUCGAAGCUUCACAUCAAAUGAGACAACAAACAAACUCACCUGACUGUCAGGAGGAGAGAGGAGAGAGGAGGAUGUUAGUUACAUACAGGUGUCCUCCAUGGUCCACAAGAUGAACGGUGAAGAUGGCGUCCAACUGCUCAGCUUCUCCGAGGUCGAAGAGCUCAUCCACAAAGCCGACGAGGCCUCGAUGAUGUCACAGACCGUCGCCACGGUGACCUCUCUCCCCACAGCGGAAGUCCAGGAGGAGGCGGGUCCUGAGCCGCCGCCUCCGGAGAUCACCGGGCUGGAGGCCAAAACAGGCAGCGAGCCGAUCAUGGGCGAGGCCAGCGCAGAGAACCCCGUCACCAUGGUGUUCAUGGGCUAUCAGAGCGUGGAGGACGAGGACGAGACCAAGAAGGUUCUGGGUCUGCAGGGGACGGUGAAGGCCGAGCUGGUCCUCAUCGACGACACUGAUGGGAAAACGUCUCCGGGCGAAGGGAAGAAGGACACCGGCGUUCCUCUGCCUGCCUCCACUGCCCUGCCGCCCUCAACAAAACCUCUGCAGACGAUGACGGCAAACAACGGGGAGACUGCCGGGGAGGUGAAGGAGGAGAAGGGAGGAGCGGUGGAGAUGAAGAAGGAGAAGCAGCCGUACUCCUUCACCUCCUCCACCUCCUUCACCUCCACCACAUCACAUGACAUACUUUUGCUUCUUGAUUGAGAGCCAACUCAACAUGAUUGUGCAUUUAAAAGUUGUUUGAAUCGAUGGAGCUGAAUCGGCGAGACGUCCUCACUGACGGACACGCGUCAGGAUCAAACGGCUGCAUGUCUCCAUCAACAGAUCUGAUGGAUGCCACGAUGACAACACAACAAAGAUGCCCGACUGAAAGACACCAGUGAGGACGAGAAGAGACACAUCAGUUUGUCCUCGUUUGUGUCAAAGAAGCACUGGAACAUUUUGUCCUGAACUCAAAAGUUUGUCCUCUGAGAGGCGAAUUCCAAGUCACCUGACCGGACGGACCGUGGCGUCCUGAGGCGUCCGGAGGCGUCCUGAGGCUUCUGGCACGAUGAGAUUAUGAGCAGCAUCUAAAAAUUCACAAAGCCUUAAUCAAUACAUCCAGAGCGCCGUGUGCAGCUGCUGUGUCGUUUAGCAACAGAUCUGCUCUCAGCUCAGGCCCACACCUGCGGGUCAGAGGUCAGCGUGGGCUCGCAGGUGUGUGUUCACCUGUAUGACAUCACUGUGUUUAAGUUUUAUGUUCUGAAACUGGUUGCACUGCAAGACUCAGAGACCUGGACCCGGUCCAGCCCAGGCCUGGACCCAGUCCAGGUCUCUGAUGUGCGUCUUGUUGUCGUUAUUUGAUGCAAACUGCAGCUUCGCUCAGGGGACCAAAUGUUUUUGUUUCGGGGACGGAUUAGGCCCCCCCUGCUGUGGGUUUACCUGAUGUCACACAAACUGACCCAAAGUAUUCAACCGUCUGAACAUCAUGAGAGCUCGCUGCAUCAACAAUAAAGCAAAAGUCU